AUGUCUUUAGCUAGAAAGUGGUGGGAUAAAAAUGAAUCAACUACCAAAAGGUAUUCAUCUGCCGAUAUACAGCCUAUUGGUGAAUAUUUACAAGAGAAAUUUUCUCAUGGAGUCGAUUAUAAUAUGAAAAUUGUUAUACGCGGUGAUCGUAAUGUUGGAAAAUCAGCUUUACUUUCGCGCUUGAAGGGUGAACAGUUUAAAGAAGAAUACAUCCCAUCCAAUGAGAUUCAAUUGGCUAACAUUCAUUGGAAUCAUCAGAAUUCCCAAAGUGUAAUUAAAGUAGAAGUUUGGGAUGUUGUUGAUAAAGGCAAACCUAGGAGUAGUGCUUCAAAAGGCUUGAAGUUUUUCAACAAACUAACAAAAGGCCAACAUGUUAUCAAUAUUGGUGGACAGGCUGGAAAUAUUGAACCAUGUCUAGAUGCAAGUUUUAUUAAUGUCUACAAAGGUGCACAUGGUGUUAUCUUAAUGAUGGAUAUGACAAAAUCAUCGACAUUUGAAUAUGUAUGUCGUGAACUUGUACAAAUUCCUCCAAAACUGCCCAUAUUAAUUAUGUCAAAUUUCCAUGAUAUACAAGAACAACGUAAAAUCACUGAAGAACAAGUUCAAAUGUUCCUCAAUGAUUCCAUUAUGCAAUCAAAUCAGUAUAAUGUUACAUCUGAUGAAAAAUUCAAUGAAUUAUCAAGAAAUAUUUAUGUACAAAAGAGUUCAUCAUCAGAUCCGAUUCGCUCUAUCCCCGUACAAUAUUGUGAAUCUUCAAUGAAAACCGGUUUAGGUUUGAUGUAUGUGUAUAAAUUCCUGAAUAUACCAUUUUUAUGUCUACAACGUGAUGUACUACAAUAUCAAUUGAAACGUAAUUAUGACGAAAUGAUCCAUGUUUUAUAUGAGUUAAGUCCAAAAACUGAUAAUCAGACACCAGAACAACGUUUUAGUUAUAUCGAUUCUGGUCAGAAGAGAACAACUGAUGAAUCGUCAUCAUCACGAACGUGUUCUUCUUCUUUUUCUGUGAUAAAAGAGAAUGUCGUAAACUUUCCAAUUAAAUUAACUGAAUCAAAUAGGACAACAGUAAUCUCUUUCAACCCAUCCAAUAUGAAUAAUGAAAAUAAUUUUGAUGAUAAUCAGACUAAUGUUCACAUGAAAAGAGAUGAAUACAAGACUAAUGAAAUCAAUGAACAGUUGAAACAGAAUCCAAUGGUGAUAGCAUUCAGUGAAGAAAUUGAUCCUGCUGAUAAUGAAAUAUAUUAUCUUAAUAACAAUACUAUUAGUAUUACUAAUAAUAAUCAUUCAGAAUCACCUACGGGGUCGUAUGCAACGUUUACUCCGAGUAGUGAUAAUGACAAUAAUGUUUUUAAUAUUAAUGAUGAUAAUUUACAUUUCGAAAGUAAUAAAAAAUUAUCCCAUGAAAUAAUGGAUGAAUUAAAGUUGAAGUUACGCUUAGAACAAUGUCACUCUCAUGGGAAAAAAGUUAAUUUGGAUCAUUCAAAUCAGUUCAAUAGCUCCGAAUUAAAAAUUGUAGAUGGCACGAUGAAAAGUUCUGGACAACUGAGAAAAUCUGAGUCUAGACAAAAUAAGAACACAAACGAACAGGAAAGUGUACUUCGUACGAACUUAAAAAACGAUAAAGAUUUGUCAAUAUCUAAUGAAAAUAUAAUUAUACUAUCUACAGAUGAUGAUGCCCUGGAAAAAUUUCUUGAAGAUAGCUAA